CCAACCCGCGCAUGCGCAGUAAAGCCCCCGGCGCGUGCUUGUCCCUGGUCCCUCCGACGCGCCUGGCCUCGCUCGGCUUCUUACCGCCCUCCUCUUGCCCUCACUUCCGGGGUUUCCCGGAGACGGCCGUAAGUGGCGGGCGGAAGCUGCCCGCGAGGGCCGUAAACGGCUCUCUCGCGCCAUUUCCGGCCGGCUUCCGCAGACGGCGCUGGUGGGCGAUCGUGAGGCGCCAGAGAACGUUCCCCACGGCCGGAGCCAUGGAGAUGCCGCUGCCGCCCGACGACCAGGAGCUGCGAAAUGUCAUCGACAAGCUGGCCCAGUUCGUGGCUCGCAAUGGGCCCGAGUUUGAGAAGAUGACGAUGGAGAAGCAGAAGGACAACCCGAAAUUCUCGUUUCUGUUCGGAGGCGAGUUCUACAGUUACUACAAGUGCAAGCUGGCGCUGGAGCAGCAGCAGCUCAUCUGUAAGCAGCAGGCCCCAGAACUGGAGACGACCUCGGCCUUGCCACCCCUGCCACAGCCCCCGCUGGCCCCUGCUGCGCCCAUGCCGCCAGCCCAAGGCGCCCCGUCCAUGGACGAGCUCAUCCAGCAGAGCCAGUGGAACCUGCAGCAGCAGGAGCAGCACCUGCUGGCCCUCAGACAGGAGCAGGUGACAGCAGCCGUGGCCCACGCAGUGGAGCAGCAGAUGCAGAAGCUCCUGGAGGAGACCCAGCUGGACAUGAAUGAGUUUGACAACCUGCUGCAGCCCAUCAUUGACACAUGCACCAAAGAUGCCAUCUCGGCCGGGAAGAACUGGAUGUUCAGCAACGCCAAGUCCCCGCCACACUGCGAGCUGAUGGCAGGCCACCUCCGGAACCGCAUCACGGCUGAUGGGGCACACUUCGAGCUGCGACUGCACCUCAUCUAUCUCAUCAAUGACGUCCUGCACCACUGCCAGCGCAAGCAGGCCAGGGAGCUGCUGGCCGCCCUGCAGAAGGUCGUGGUGCCCAUCUACUGCACCAGCUUCUUGGCUGUGGAGGAGGACAAGCAGCAGAAGAUUGCCCGGCUUCUGCAGCUCUGGGAGAAGAACGGCUAUUUUGACGACUCCAUCAUCCAGCAGUUACAGAGCCCAGCCCUGGGGCUUGGCCAGUACCAGGCAACGCUCAUCAACGAGUACUCCUCGGUGGUCCAGCCGGUGCAGCUGGCCUUCCAGCAGCAGAUCCAAACCCUCAAGACGCAGCACGAGGAGUUUGUCAAUAGCCUGGCCCAGCAGCAACAGCAACAGCAGCAGCAGCAGCAGCAGCAGCAGCAUAUCCAGAUGCCGCAAAUGGAAGCAGAAGUCAAGGCCACACCACCACCACCUGCCCCGCCCCCAGCACCCACGCCUGCCCCAGCCAUCCCGCCAACCACCCAGCCGGAUGACAGCAAGCCCCCCAUCCAGAUGCCGGGCUCCUCUGAGUACGACGCCUCAGGAGGGGUUCAGGACCCUGCCACCACUGGCCCCCGUGGCCCCGGGCCUCACGACCAGAUUCCGCCUAACAAGCCCCCGUGGUUUGACCAGCCUCACCCCGUUGCUCCUUGGGGCCAACAGCAGCCUCCUGAGCAGCCCCCUUACCCGCACCACCAGGGCGGGCCGCCCCACUGCCCACCCUGGAACAACAGCCACGAGGGCAUGUGGGGUGAGCAGCGUGGGGACCCCGGCUGGAACGGCCAGCGCGACGCACCUUGGAACAGCCAGCCCGACCCCAACUGGAACAGCCAGUUUGAGGGCCCCUGGAACAGCCAGCACGAGCAGCCGCCCUGGGGCGGGGGCCAGCGAGAGCCGCCCUUCCGCAUGCAGCGGCCGCCGCACUUCCGCGGGCCCUUCCCGCCCCACCAGCAGCACCCACAGUUCAACCAGCCGCCGCACCCCCACAAUUUCAACCGCUUCCCCCCCCGCUUCAUGCAGGACGACUUCCCCCCGCGGCACCCCUUCGAGCGACCCCCCUACCCCCACCGCUUCGACUACCCCCAGGGGGACUUCCCUGCUGAGAUGGGACCCCCUCACCACCACCCUGGCCACCGCAUGCCUCAUCCUGGGAUCAACGAGCACCCGCCCUGGGGUGGGCCCCAGCACCCUGACUUCGGCCCUCCUCCCCACGGCUUCAAUGGGCAGCCCCCCCACAUGCGGCGGCAGGGCCCUCCCCACAUCAACCACGAUGACCCCAGCUUGGUCCCCAACGUGCCCUACUUUGACCUGCCUGCCGGGCUGAUGGCCCCCCUCGUGAAGCUGGAAGACCAUGAGUACAAGCCUUUGGACCCUAAAGACAUCCGCCUCCCGCCCCCCAUGCCGCCCAGUGAGAGGCUGCUGGCAGCCGUGGAGGCCUUCUAUAGCCCUCCUUCCCACGACAGGCCCAGGAACAGCGAAGGCUGGGAGCAGAACGGCCUUUACGAGUUCUUCCGAGCAAAGAUGCGGGCCCGGCGGAGGAAAGGCCAGGAGAAGAGGAACAGUGGACCCUCGAGGUCUCGGAGCAGAUCCAAAAGCCGAGGGCGCUCUUCCUCCCGCUCCAACUCGAGGUCCUCCAAGUCAUCUGGCUCCUACUCACGGUCAAGGUCGCGCUCCUGCUCCCGCUCCUACUCCCGCUCGCGCUCCAGGAGCCGCAGCCGAUCACGCUCCUCGAGAAGCCGCUCCCGUUCUCGCUCCCGCUCCCGCUCCAAGUCGUACUCCCCAGGAAGGAGACGCCGGUCAAGGUCCAGGAGCCCCACCCCGCCUUCCUCGGCUGGUCUGGGUUCUAAUUCAGCACCUCCUAUACCUGACUCCAGGCUCGGGGAAGAGAACAAAGGACAUCAGAUGCUGGUGAAAAUGGGCUGGAGUGGAUCUGGCGGCCUCGGCGUGAAAGAACAAGGAAUCCAGGACCCCAUCAAGGGCGGGGAUGUCCGGGAUAAGUGGGACCAGUACAAGGGCGUGGGGGUGGCCCUGGACGACCCCUAUGAGAACUACCGCAGGAACAAGAGCUACUCCUUCAUUGCCCGCAUGAAGGCCAGGGACGAGUGCAAGUAGGCGCGCCCAGGCCAGGAGCCGGCCGGCAGCCACGGCACCCUCCUGGCUUAUUGGCGUGGAAGCUGGUAGGGACAGCUCGGUCCUCACACAGUCUCCAUCUUGGGGGAGUGAGAGAAGAGAAGACAACUGCAGCAUGCUUAGUGACAGUGCUGUGCCCCCCAGCGUGGAGGCCCCAGCCCCCUGCACUCAGCUCUGCCAGAGCAGCAAGAUUCACACAAGGAGAAGCCCCAGCCAGCACGGCCACAAGCGCGUUUCCUGUGACAGUGAAGUGAGAAACACGAGGCUCCACCCCCUGGAUAAGAUUCGUGACUCGGAAGGAACAGAUGUGUUGCAUCCCCUGGCAGAUCUGCAGAGUGUGGAGGCGAAGCCCGGAGUGGGCAGGCUGGCGGGCCCGGGGCAGAGGCGCCGGCUCUGCCCGCUCCCUCGCUGCGGCCGCAGCCUGGGAAUGCUCAGCAGGCGCUCAUACUCCUCACUCUUUAAAGACGGAAGAGCAAAACCUUUUGAUUUGCUAAGUUAAACAGGGUUUUCAUUUUUACUCCAAAUGGUUUAGUUUUAGAGAAAAGAAUAGUGAUCUAAGAGGAUCCUCGGGAGAUCAUUUGAAAGCUGAUUCCUCUGAGACAAACUGGCCCUUAGUGCAGUUCUUCUAGUUGUUUGAGUAUUUUUUCGAAUGUUAGCCAUUUGCUAGUGUCCGCAGACACAGAAGGCUCUGAGGAGAAUGAUCUGAGGUGUCUUCAGGUCACGGAACACCAUCCUUGGAGCAUCGGUCCCUGGUGUCUCCACGAGGAGGAGCCCCAGCACCAGCACUCUGUGCGGCGGCCCAGGCAGCUCCAGGGGGCCCGCCCUGCCGCCUGCUCUGUCCUUUCCUCUGCCACCUGCCCCGCCCCGGGGCAGUGAAGCCUGGAGGAGCUGCUGGCUCCAGCUGUGCUCACUGGGCAGCCUCGGGCAGUUGGUGCGGUGCCAUUUGUACAGAAACAUUUUUGAAAAAUUCUUUUCAAUAAGAUGCAGAAUCCUCUCCAACUUUUCAACCUGAUGUGAUAAAAUAUUUGAUUUUGUUCUAGAUUUCCUGUAGCUGUGAAUUGUUCAAAUGUGUCGGAUUCAGGAUAAAUGUAAACACGUGCUGUUAACAAUUUCUUGUGGAUUUUACUGUUUUGCCUUCAAAUAAAGACUUUUUUUAAAGAC